GAGAUAUGACAUUCCUUUGUCCAAUUACAAUAAUAUCCUUUAUAAUUCGAUAAGGAAAGUUACGGGUAAAGCAUGAAGUGGUGGUAGUUUUUUUUUUUUUUGAAAAUUAAAGAUAAAUCGACGAGGAACGAUCGCAAGAGGAGGGAAGUAGAGUGCGCUGAAUGUGUUGUUGAGAAUGGAAGAGUAGGAGAGCGAAUCGGCGAGUGAUCCGUCUUGCUGAGAAGAAUUAAACGUUUAUAAAUAAGCUAUUGGCUGUUAUAGUAAAAGCAAAUAGUUAAUUGAAGAGAAAUUCGGCGUGUUACAAUAUGGAAGAGGCGAGAAUGGUGUAGAAUCGUUAUCGGAAUUGGCAUUAAGCUACCGUGGUUACGUAUAGGGAGGAGCAGUUUCGAUCUGCAGUUGUGGGGUGAAGGCAUCGAGUCGGCCAUGCCCGUUGAUAGGGGACGUAGCGGCAACGUCGAUCGCGAAUUAAUCGACGAUCCGAAUAUCCCAGAAUGGAAGAAGUUGUUGAUUAUGAAGAAGAGAGCGGAAAAAUGCGGCGAGGCCACCAAUAAGACGAACGUAGGCAUCGAAGCGUUAAGAAACGUCGCUCCACCUCUGGUUGGCGAUAAAGCCGGUUUCAAGGGUGUUUACCCCGCCACGUGUGACGAUCCCCCCUCGAGUCAUUCGGAAAGACAUCACGAAGAACUGAAGACCUUGAGAAGUUGCCCUGUGAAUCAAAACGAUGCCGGCGAGGCCAAGUCGAACACCAGCGAUUUAGCGUUAUUGAGUGGUGGUUGUGGUGGAAGCGGUGGCCAUCGUUCUCGUCGCUCUUACAACUGGCAAAAGAUGGGAGAGGAUAAGAAUUUAGCGAAUUUGGAUAGGAACGACGGAGUGGAGAGAAUACCGGCUCAUCCGGGACAGGACGAUUACGACGAUCGCGACCUGCAGUACGGCCCAGGUAUCGUUAACAAACUGAAAUCGCGUUUCAUAAACAUGACAUUGAAAGAGAGCGCCAAAUCGCCGACUGUCGUGGAUAAUGGGCUGGGCAUGAGACGUUAUUCUAGUUUAGAGAAUUUGGUAGAAAAGGAAAGCCGUAUGCGCUUCAUCGACUAUAAUAACAAAGAUAGAUCGAAUGUAUCGAUAAGUAGGACGAAAGGAAGAUACGCAAUCCGCAACACGAAUUUCAAAAGAGCCAAAAGUAUGGAAACGCUUUUCACAGAACACGAACGUCAACAGUGUGAAGUUGGGAAAACGGGCAAGGGACAACGUCCCUCAUCCAUCGCGGGACACCUACCAGAAUCGGUACUGGUCAACGAGAAUUUGAUCAUUGUAGAAAAUAGCAACAACACAAGAGAUAUGGACGUCGGAGGCAAGUACAUGAAACCAGUUCGACAGUUGUCGUCUUCCAAUUCCAUUAACGAGGAAGAGCUACCCAAGCCAGAUACAGUUAAAACUUACAAGCGUAUGUUCGAACCAUCGGAUAACAAGGUAGGUCACAACGUUAGAAGAAAACCACCCCCGGUCGUACGGGCUAGUACCAAGGCCGCCACGGCUGUUAAUAAGACAACCGGUCCAAAACACAGAACCACGUCGGGUAGUAAAAGGCCUGGUCGAACUGUACCAGCCGUUCUCAAUGGAUAUCAAUAUCAACCAGCCAAAAACAGUGCCAAAGAAGUGGAAGAUGGUGUAAUGAACGGAGAAAUCGAACAGAAUAUCGUCGAAAACGGCGAAGUCGAAGAUCGAGUCAAGUGUUCUUCGCCCGUAGACAAGGUGGUGGCCAACAACCAAAAUACGGGCCUUAAAAUAGUCGUAGUCGAAAAUACCAAAAUUGUACCACAACCUCAACCGUCUCCUACCUCGCCAGCGAUCGUUUCACCCAAAUCUCCAGAAACCGAAGAUCAGGAGGAUGUCCUGAAACCCAGCACCCUUUUAGGUAAUAGACAGACUCUGUGGCAGAAACCUCCACCCUCGUCGACGUCUGUCGUCUUCGAUUUUCGUGGUAAAGACGUUAAACCAAACAUAGGACUCAAUCCUACACCAUUCGGAUGUAAACCGGCGCGAGUAUUGAGGAAGAAGAGAUCCGGAUCUCCACCCAGGAUAGGAAAAGAUGGUCUACCUGCCGUUAAUGGCAACGUUAACGGCAUCCUGUUAGACGAUAGCUACGAAGACGACGAUUCCGGGAUUGGUGCCGAUCUACCUAUAAUAUCCGGUAUCUGUUUCGAGGGAGAAAAUAUCAAAAUCGGCAGGGGUUCACUGCUCAACACUAGGAACAAAAAACUUAGAAUUCAAUUCAAUGACACAGCUACAUCAACAUUUGAAUAUCCAUCUGAAGCAUCUCUUUUAGAAGAUAGUCCAUCACCAAAUAGUCCCAUUCAAUCCAGUCAAAUAACAGAUUCUGAUAUAAGUACAGUGGGAGGUACAUCAGUUCUCAGGCCAUCAGUGUUAAGUUCCUUGGGUGAGUUUUUUUUUAUUUUUUUACAUAAAUUCUGAAUUUAAGUAUUAAAC